AUGGGUUACGGAGAAGUUGACCAGACUGCCAUCAACACCAUCAGACUGCUCGCAGUCGAUGCGACCGCCAAAGCCAACUCGGGUCACCCCGGUGCACCCAUGGGUAUGGCCCCUGUCUCGCACGUUCUUUUCAACAAGUUCAUGCGUUUCAACCCCAAGAACCCCGACUGGGUCAACAGAGACAGAUUCGUUCUCUCGAACGGUCACGGUUGCAUGCUCCAGUAUGCUCUCCUCCACUUGUUCGGCUACGCUGUGAGCAUGGACGACCUCAAGGCUUUCAGAACCAUUGACAGCAUCACCCCCGGUCACCCCGAGGCUCACGACACCCCCGGUGUCGAGGUCACCACUGGCCCUCUUGGUCAGGGUUUCGCCAACGCUGUUGGUCUUGCCAUGGCUCAGGCCCAGACCGCCGGUACCUUCAACAAGCCCGGCUUCGAGCUCAUCAACAACUACACCUACUGCUUCUUCGGUGACGGUUGCGCCAUGGAGGGUAUUGCCUCUGAGGCCGCUUCCACUGCCGGACACUUGCAGCUUGGCAACCUCAUCGCCAUCUACGAUGACAACCACAUUUCCAUUGACGGUGACACCAAGUGCGCCUUCACUGAGGAUGUCAUGAAGCGUUUCGAGGCCUACGGCUGGCACUGCGAGUACGUUGAGAAGGGUGACACUGACCUCCAGGGUAUCGAGGAUGCCAUCAAGAGAUGCCGUGAAGUCAAGGACAAGCCCUCAGUCAUCAAGCUCACCACCACCAUUGGUUUCGGUUCCCAGCUCCAGGGUACCGGCGGUGUCCACGGUAACCCCCUCAAGGCCGACGACAUCAAGCACGUCAAGAAGCAGUUCGGCUUCGACCCCGAGAAGUCCUUCGUCGUUCCCCAGGAGGUCUACGACAUGUACCACAAGACCGCCGACGCCGGUGCCGCCGCCGAGGCUGAGUGGAACAAGCUCUUCGAGAAGUACGGUUCUGAGCACAAGGAGGCCCACGCCGACCUUGCCCGCCGUCUUACCGGCAAGCUCCCCGAGGGCUGGCAGAAGUCCCUCCCCACCUACAAGCCCGACGAUGCUGCUAUCGCUUCCAGAAAGCUUUCCGAGUCCGUUCUCGAGGCUAUCUACGAGGCUGUUCCCGAGCUGGUCUCUGGUUCCGCCGAUUUGACUGGCUCCAACAACACCCGCUGGAAGAAGGCCGUCGACUUCCAGCCCCCCAGCACCGGUAUUGGUGAGUGGAGCGGUCGCUACAUGCGUUACGGUGUCCGUGAGCACGCCAUGGCCGCUAUCAUGAACGGUCUCUCCGCCUACGGUACCCUCAUCCCCGCUGGUGGUACUUUCCUCAACUUCGUUUCAUACGCCGCCGGUGCCGUCCGUCUUUCCGCCCUGUCUCACCAGCGCGUUCUCUACAUCGCCACCCACGACUCCAUCGGUCUUGGUGAGGACGGUCCUACCCACCAGCCUAUUGAGACUCUUGCUCACUUCCGUGCCCUUCCCAACAUCAUGGUCUGGCGCCCUGCUGACGGUAACGAGUGCUCUGCUGCCUACUACGUUGCCCUGACCAGCCGUGAGACUCCUUCUCUCCUCGCCCUUACCCGUCAGAACCUGCCCCAGCUUGAGGGCUCCACCAUCGAGAAGGCCUCCAAGGGUGGUUACGUCGCUCUCGAGCAGGAGAAGGCCGAUGUCACCCUCGUUUCCACCGGUUCCGAGGUCGCCAUCUGUCUCGAGGCUGUCAAGACCCUCAAGGACGAGCACAACCUUACCGCUCGUGUCGUCUCCAUGCCCUGCAUGGAGGUCUUUGACGCACAAGACAAGGACUACCGCCUGUCGGUCAUCCCCGACGGUAUCCCCACCAUGUCGGUUGAGGUCAUGUCGACUCUCGGCUGGGAGAAGUACUCUCACGAGCAGUUCGGUCUCAACAGAUUCGGUGCUUCGGGUGCCUACAAGGACGUCUACAAGAAGUUCGAGUUCACCCCCGAGGGCAUUGCCAGCCGUGCCAAGAAGACUGUCGACUUCUACAAGGACGUCAAGCCCCUUCGCUCCCCCAUCAACCGUGCCUUCCUCCAGCUCAUCUAA